AUGUACUUCAAAUGUGGGUGUAUCUCAUUCGCUGAACAGGUGUUUGAUGAAAUGCCCCGGCGAGAUGUUGUGUCAUGGAACACCGUGAUAAAUGGCUAUCUUUCAGCUUGGUAUGCUUGGGAUGCCUUCAUAUGCUUUAAAAUGAUGUUAGGUUUUGGUGUUGUGCCAGACCAGUUUAGUCUAAAUGGUGUGCUCAAAGGUUGUGUUAUGAAUGGUGAUCUUGGUGGGGGGGUACAAGUUCAUGGACUCAUUGUCAAGCUUGGUGUAUGUGACAAUGCCUUCGUUACUAAUGGGCUUGUUGAACUAUAUGGAGAAUUUGAUUGCUAUGACGAGUCAGUGAAUGCGUUUGAUGCACUGGUCUGUAAGGACGUUGCAGUGGUUAACUCCAUGAUAAAGAUAUAUGGGAAAAUGGGGAAAAUAGAGGAAGCUUUCUUGAAUUUGCAGUUGCUACUGUCUGGUUUGAGUAGACCCACGAGAGCUACUUUUGUUAACCUGUUGAGUGCAAUAAGUGGAUAUGAGAGUCUGAAAGAAGGAUUGCUGGUUCAUGGGCUGAUAACUAAGCUUGGGUUGGAAGGUCAUGGUGUCGUGGAGAACUCACUUGUUGGGAUGUAUUGUAGUUGUGGCGCCAUGGAUGAAGCUUUUGAUAUGCUUCUUUAUAAGGGUUGCGAGAAUGUAAUGUCAUGGACCACUUUAAUAUCCCAGUUCAGCAUGCAUGGAUGCUUUCAAGAAGCCAUGGACGUUUUCCAGUGGCUGCACCAUGAUAAAGUUGUAGCAUUAGAUGAAGUCAUGCUAGUAUGCAUUCUUAGUGCGUCGGCUGCAUCUAAAUGCUUAUGCUUGGGUACUCAGAUGCAUUCCAUAAUUGUCAAAACUGGAAUUCGGCUACAUAAAGGUGUUGGGGUUGCUUUAAUGGACAUGUAUUCAAAAUGUUUGUGCUUAGAAGAUAUGCAAAAGAUCUUUCAACAGGUUGGUCAGAAUUGUGAUUUAUUAGUCUGGACAACGUUUAUUUCGGGUAAUGUUCAGAAUGGGUUACCCAUGGAAGCUUUAAAGUAUUUUUCCCAAAUGCUAAAUGAAGGCAUGAGACCAGACGCAGUUGCCUGCAUCAGCGUUCUUACAGGAUGCAUUGGCCUGCAGGCUACUGAACAUGGUGAAAUGAUACAUGCUUAUGUUAUCAAGUCGGGAAAUGGAUCUAAAAGUUAUGUUCAGACCGCUUUGACAUCCUUCUAUGCCAACUGUGGGUGCUUUGACAGUGUCGAAAAGCUUCUUGCUAGGAGAGUGGAAUAUGAUGUUGUUUCAUUAACUGCACUGAUAUCAGGAUAUGCAAAAUUUGGAUGCAGUACAGAAGCUUUCUUUUGGUUUAGAAAAAUGCUAAGCGAAGGCAUUUCACCCAACAACUUCACUCUUGCAAGUACACUAAAUGCCUCUGCCAAAUCAACAGCUAUUUCAAUUGGAAAGUCACUACACAGCCUAAUUAUAAAAUUAGGACUGGAAGAUGAUAACUUUGUUGCUAGCAGUCUAAUUGACACGUACUCUAAGUGUGGGGCCAUAGAAGAUGCUGUUUAUUAUUUCAGAAGCACACAAAAUCAAGAUAUUGUGGUAUGGAAUAGUCUGCUUUCAGGUCAUGCCCAUCAUGGGAAUGUUGAAGAAGUUUUGAAGACCUUUGAUGAGAUGCAAAUUUGUGGUAUAAAGCCUGACAGGAUCACAUUCCUUUCAAUCCUUUCAGGCUGUAGCCAUGGAGCUCUUACAGACCAGGUGAUGGAAUUUUUCUACAUGAUGCGUAAUGUUUAUGGAAUCAGUCCCAUGGUGGAGCAUUAUGUCUGUGUUAUAGAUUCUUUUGGGCGUGCUGGAUUGUUUAGGAAGGCAGUCAAGUUUAUAGAGGCAUUGAAUUGUAAUCCCUGCAUGCUAAUGUUAAGGUCAUUGCUCAGUUCCUGCAUCAUUUACAGAUGCAGUCGACUUGGCUUGGCUGUUGUAGCAAAAAUGAUAGUGCUGGGUGGAGAUGAAGUUGCAACUUAUGCAUUGUUUUCAAAGUUAUGUGCUACUGAUGAGAGAUGGGGUGAUACAAUAAAGGUGAGGGAGAUAAUGAAGAAGAAAGUAGGGCAACCAAAGAAGUUUGGCACCAGUUGGAUUGAGAGCACAAGUGUGCCAUCUUAA